GUCAGAAAAGGAGCCGCCUCCGGCUUACAUGGCCGUGCAGUUGAGGUGUCUUGAUGGCCUCGGCCCGGGCUGUCAGUGUGAGAAGGAGAUCUUAGAAGUGAAGAGCAGACAGUUAGGAGAGAAGAGUUUUCCACCAGGCAUGGCCUCAGCCAAGAAACUGACUGGGGUAAAGAUGGCACACAUUAAAAAGAGGAUCGCGAGUGGCUGCGCCCACAAUUUGUGCGUGAAGCUGGAGGAUUUCAAGGAACCAUUUCAGUUUGAAAAAAGGAGAAGACUAUUGACAUUAAAGCCGAGGAUUCAGAAGAUUUCUCUGCGGGGCCCCGAACUGCAAAACCACGAACCGGAGCAGGUUUUCAAACAAGAGGCCUGUGAAGAGUUUCACUCCAGCGACAGCAUUGGGUUGUUACUCACACGGGCAACUCAUUCCCGGCAGAAUUCAAUGAAACUGAAAUCUGAGUUUGAGGAGAAAGUCAAAGGGAAACAGGAGGAAGCAGAUGAGUCAUCUGGGGAGCGUGGGAAAAGGCCUGCGGUCUCGAUAUGUCGCGAGUUGCCAUACCAGACAGUGAUGCAGCUGGUCAGAAAACUCUCCAUAGUGCCUUCUGUAGAACAUGACAUCCUAGAAAAUGGCAGCUUCUCGACGUCUUCAUCUGCUCAGUCAUUUCUUCAUUGCACAAUGCAGGAGAAACAGGAUAAUGGGAAGAUGAAGAAACCAACAAGAGGAUUAGAGAAUAUGACUGUGGCAUCUUUGCAGUAUGGUACUUACCUUGCUGGCAAACUAGCAGAAACGGGAGUCGUCGGUACUGACGGACAACAGGUAUAUCAUACAAAUCAGGAGUUUUUACAUCCCAUCCAAGGUUGUGGAGAAACAUUUGAUAACCAAUCUGACUGUAAAGAUCAUGAGCUGGUCCACAGAGCACUAAGUCCAUAUUCUUGUUCUGAAUUUGUAAAACGAUUCCUCCAUAACAGCAGUUUUCAGGCACAAAUAAGUAUUCAUACCGGGGAAAAAACUCAUUGCUGUUCUGAAUGUGGCAAACGAUUUUCUGACAGUUACAACCUCCAAAGGCACACAAGGAUUCAUACUGGAGAGAGGCCCUAUGGCUGUCCUGAAUGUGGUAAAAGAUUUUACUACAGUAGCCAUCUUCAGAACCACAUCAGAAUUCAUACUGGGGAGAAGCCUUAUUGCUGCUCUGAAUGUGGCAAAAGAUUUUCUGAAUUUUCCAGUCUCCAUAGACAUGCAAGAAUCCAUACUGGAGAAAAACCAUUUUGCUGUUCGGAGUGUGGCAAACGAUUCUCCCGCAACAGCAGACUUCAGAACCACUUAAGAAUUCACACAGGAGAGAAACCCUAUGUUUGCCCUGAAUGUGGCAAACAGUUCAGCAACAGUGGCAGUCUUCAUUCUCACAAAAGAACUCAUGCUGGAGAGAAGCCAUAUGUCUGUCGGAAUGUGGCAAGAAUUUCAGCAACAGCAGCAGUCUUCAGUCUCACAAAAGAAUUCAUGCUGGGGAGAAACCAUAUGUCUGUCAUGAAUGUG